CGACUGGAGGAUGAGUUCUGCUCAGAGUCUGGAGAACAAACUGAAGGCGCUGCAGUGCCACUUCACCUGGGACCUCGAUCCCAGAAAACCCAGGCUCAUCACUCUCCAGAAAAUCCUGGAGGACAUCGGCACUGAUGAGGGGAACUUCUGGCUGGGUCCCAUUUACAACCUGCAGGGGUUCAUCCAGAACCAGCUGGGCUCCCCUGAAGAGGCUCUGAGCUCCUUCAACCAGGCCACUGAGACCUUCCAGCGGCAGAAACACGCUGAUGAAGGUCCCUGGUUGAUGGUGAACUUUGGCAAUCUGGCUUGGCUGCACCACCUGAUGGGUGAAGAUGAGAAGAGUCAGGACUACCUGUCAAAGGUGGAUGCUCUACAGAAGAAGAAGGAGGAGCUCCACCCAGAGGUGUGUGCUGAGAAGGCCUGGACCCUGAUGAAGUUCGACAAAGAGAAGGAGCAGCAGGCUGCAGAGCUCUUCCAGAGAGCCAUCCAGAUGCAGCCAGAUGUGGUGGAGUGGCAGAGCAGCUACGCCAUAUUAAGAGCAGAGGCCGUCAAAGACAACCUAAAGAAACUGUACACUGAGAAGUUGGAGAUCCUGAGAUCUGCCAAAGAACGAGAUCCAGAUAACUUAUACGUUGCUGCUCUUUAUCUGGAGGCAAGAGCUGCUAAAGAAGAACUAAGUCAGGGUGAACUUGAAAUGUUUGCUAAGAAGGUUUUAAAAGCGCCAGUCAGCAGUUACAGUGGACUCAUUCCAGUACUGCGUCUGUAUAGAAACUACAAAUCUAAAGAUGAUGCUGUUAAAUUAGCCAAGGAGGCCCUGAGGACGCACCCUGACUCACGUUAUUUAAAGAGAUCUGUUGCAAUCUGCUUGACGAGGAAGGUCCUUUCUCCAGAAUACAAUCCUGAAAGUCUAGCUAUCCAGGAUGUAAUCGAUCUGUGGGAGGAAGUGAAGGAGGCUUAUCAUGGAUCUUCAACUAAAGAUCAAAUAACUUUAGCAGACAUAUAUUCAAAGGUAGACAAAGGGAAAGCUGACAGGGUUUACAAAGAGCUGCUGAAGAAAAACAACCUGGAACCAGGAGAGCAACAGAUGCUUUACAACCGUUAUGCAAAACAUAUAUACUUCACCAGAAAUGAGAAGGUCGAGUCUACUGAGUAUCACAUGAAGGCAGCAGAGAUUGAAGUAGAAUCCAACAGUCGACAAAAAAGCCUCACAGAGCUGGAGAAGACCUUAAAAAGAAAUGAAGACCCAGAAAUGUGCAGAAUGAUCAGGGAGCUUCUGAUCAGACUGGGAAAACUGCCUGAAACCCAGAAUUAGUGAAUGUCUGUGAAAUCCUUCUAUUCAGAGCAAGUUGUUAAAGUGACACCCCGGAAGUUUUACCCCAGUAUUGGCUUAAUUUGAGAUAUAUUAAAUGAUUUUUUGGGUCAAUAUGCAGCACUAGGUGCAUAUCAAUGCUCCAUGGGGGCUGUCCCUCUCAAAAACUUGCCUAUGUA